AUGAGGAAAUACUUUCAGGAGCGUGUAAACGAAGCAUUCGCUCUCGCAUGUUUCUUCAUUAUCUUCUCGACCACGUUAACACUUUGCUUGGUUUUUGUGCCCAAGAUUAUUGAACUGGUAAGAAAUCCUGAUGGAAACAAUACUCGAGGUUAUCGACGUGGAAUGAUGAAAUCGGUGGUCACUCGUGGGUCGACUAGCACUACGCUCAACAGUCAGGGCAUAGUUGACAACGAUAAAAAUCUUCUGGCUAAAGCGGAAGCAGAGAAUCAACUACGACGUCGCCAUGUACACCAGAAAAGCACACAACUGUGGGACUUGCUCGAGAAACUUCGAGAACUCGGUGAUACACAGUUUCUACAACAAGAUUGGUGCUUCUCCAGCGGUUUCGUGGUUUCUCCAGCUGACAAAGAUCUUCUUCAGCUAGAGAACAAGUAA